AUGGCCGGCCACUUCAGUAACAUGUCCGGCAUGCCGCCAUACUUUGCCAUGAAUGCCCAACGGCCGAUGAUGCCCAUGGACAACAGUUAUCCUCCGCCUAGCUUCGCCCACGGCCUGCAGCCCUUCCAGACGCUUUCAUCCGAGAACCUCCGCCAGAGCUACGCCGACCUCGACGAUCCCAGCCGGACAAUGCUUCCCGCCCAAGGCUCCUCCAGAGCCCGUCGGAGGCCGGCGCCUGGCGCUGAGCAUGUGAAACACCGCAGGACUCGGAGCGGGUGCUACACCUGCAGAAACAGGCGGGUCAAGUGCGAUGAGACGCACCCAAUCUGUGAAAGAUGCCGCAAAGGAAACAGAGAGUGCAUCUAUCCGGAGCCCGCCGUAACCAACAAGUCCAGCCGUACCAAGACCAAAGGUUCCUCGCCUCAGAGCACUUCGUCUGCCGACGAGGAAGAUGCGGACGCAAAGGCGCCGCUGCCUUCGAUUCCCGAUGAGGAUGAGCCCUGCGACGGAGCCAGCCACCACGCCAGCGUUUCGACCGCAAGCCGUCGCAGUCGAGAGCCGUCCAAUACGCCCUCGUUGACCCACGGCAAGAGCCCGUCUCCCUCUACGGAAGGAUCAAGCACAAUCCCCCACGCCCAGCCACGGCCUGUGCCAUCCCGGACAUCCAGUCGAUCAAAUCUGCGCAAGUCCCCCAUGGAACGCACCUGGGCUGAACUCCCGUCCGACGUCCGCUACUAUCUCGACUGGUUCCGAAACAACAUCACAUGCCACCAUUACUGCCUGAAGUAUGAUGGAGCCGACUUCAUGCGCACGACCCUGCUCGAGAUUGCCGUGCAUAACGACCACCUCCUAUAUGCCGUUGUCGGUUUCGCCGCGUACCACCACACCUUGACAAAACCGGGUGGGAGAAUUGCGGACUUCCUUAGCUUCUACAACAGAUCGGUCCAGCUGCUCCGCAUGUCACUGCAGCGCAACCAGAGACGGACGCCUGCCACUCUCCUGACAAUUUUGCAGCUGGCCACUAUCGAGGAAUACCUGGGCGAUUGGGUGAGCCUCAUUGGCCAUCAAAGAGCCGCGUACGAGAUAAUCACUUCCAUGUACACACCUCAGACGAUUAUGCAAAACGAGACCCUCCGCAGGAUCAUCACCUGGUAUCAGCGCUUCGACCUCAUGGGCGGCAUCAUGUCCGGAUAUGAAACAGUGCUCGGGCGCGAUUGGUUCCUGGCCUGCACCGACUAUUACACCCAGCAGACCCGUGACAAACCUCACGAUGUGGGUUGCAAGUUCGACGAGAGGUUGUCCUUGUGCCGGUUGUUCGCCAACGACUCGUCGACUUUGUUUGCCAGGAAGGCAAAGGGUCAGAUCAGCGAUGAGGUUUUUGCAGCCGAAUGCAUGGCUUUGGAGAAGAGAAUCGACGACUGGCUUGACCAGCUUGACCCCUCCCUCACGGAUCCGGCGAAACACAUAACAAACUUUGACGGGUGCCCCCCACGCGAGGUCAAUGAUGUCGUUGAUCCGUACGAUCCGCAAUUCAUGUACGGCGACGAGCUUUUCCCUAUGAACAUCGUUUUCAUCGAUUAUUGGGCCAUCGCUCUCAUGUUCAAGAUGCAGCUGUGCAAUGUCUUCGAGAGGGAACCGGCUCCAGAGGUACACAAGAUUGCUUUUGACAUCUGCAAGAUGUUUGAGUCACUCGAGAUGUACACCAACAGCCCACCAGGCAUUGUCGUUGAGGCUAGUGCCGCUCUCGGAAUGGGCGUUGUUCAUCUUCCCAGAGACGAACAGCACAUUACAUGGGGCAGGCGCAAGUUUGCCAAGGUGGAAGCGCAAGGGUACAUAUACCCGUCGAGCAUGCGGACAGGCUUGAGCCAGGCCUGGGGCGUGGAUGUGUCGUACUGGUGGCUGCCAAACAACGAAGCCAUGCCCGAAAUCGUCUCUCAAAUUCGCGGCUUCAUCGAGGAACGUGCCACGUUCCCAAAGGAUCAGAACAGACAAGAUCUCCGUGAAAUGCGCGGAAUCUUUGAGAACCUCAGCGUCAAGGAGCGAAAAGGAAGUGGAGCCAGCCAUGACUCAGCAUCUGUUGCAGCCGCUGCUGCUUCUUUCAAUCUCGGCGCCACUGGCGAGGAACUUGCCAGCAUGGACUUUGGCGCCGGCGAUGCCAUGAUUUACGAGAACAGUCCGGAUUAUGGGUGGAGCUACAGCCCACAGAGCACUCAGUUCUCGGACCGCUGA